AUGAAAGCGAGAAAAGUUCUUGCGCCGUUCGCGCUGCCUUUUGUCUUUGCAUGGGCACCAAAGCAGGCACCAGCAGCGUUUUGGCAGCCUCCAAGCGAUUCUGUCGACUACAUUAAUCCGCUGAUAGGAAAUGGCGGGGAUACUCCAAACGGCUCAGGUGGUAUGAUACCAUCAACUGCUCCCCCUUUCGCUAUGACACGAUGGGUCGCUCAGACGCGCCAGAACUACGUUUCUGUGACUCCGUACAACCACACCGACACGACCAUUCACGGGUUCCAAGGCACGCAUCAACCAGCAAUAUGGAUGGGGGAAAGCGGACAAGUAGUGGUGGUCCCAGGCUCAGGUCGAGUUCAGAGUCAAUUCCACGAUCGAGGGAUGGUAUUCGACAAGGCAACGGAAGUGAUAACUGCCAGCUACUAUAGCGCCAAUCUACAGACCAAUGACGGAGGGAAUAUCCAUGCGGAACAAAGCGCGACCUCGCGUGUAGGUUAUCUGCGAUUCUCUUUCAAGUCGACACAAGCUCCAUACGUUCUUCUGGAAGCUAGUCGCGCGUCAGUCAUGGGCUCUGCUGAUCCCAACAACGUAACAUAUCCUCUCGGCUCUAUCUAUAUUGACCCAGAGGCGAAGGAAAUCACUGGCACAAACGCCGAGCGACAAGACUUCAUAAUAGACCCCGUUUCGACUCCGGCUCGCGGGUUCAAGGGCUACUUUUGCGCAAGAUUCGACAGGCCCUUCCUGUCUUGGGGAGUAAUCCAGAACGGCACCGCCAGUGAAGAUUCCUCCGCGGCUGGACCUUUGGUAUCAGGCUUUGCUACAUUUGACCCGAAUGACACGACGAUCAACGUUCGAGUUGGGGUGUCCUUUAUUUCCAUUGACCAGGCUAGGCGCAACCUUGAUAACGAAAUCCCUGAUGGUACUACCUUAGAGGACACGGCUAUGACGACUAGGGCUGCUUGGGCAGAGAAGAUGGACCGUGUUCAACUGGAGGGUGCGACAGAAGACGAGAAGGUUAUAUUCUACACGGGCUUUUAUCACACGUUGCAGUAUCCAUACGAAACCAGCGAAGACGGCAAAUAUUAUUCCGGCUACGAUGACUCCGUCCACGAGGGUGUUUCGUACAGCGGGUACUCGAUAUGGGAUACGUUCCGCGCCGAAUCGGCAUGGUUAAUCCUGUUUGCUCCUGAGCGUGUUCCGGGGAUGAUCACUAGCAUGCUUCAAGACUACAAGGAGGGAGGCUGGUUACCUAUGUGGAAGAAUAUUAUUGGUUCGCCGUCAUUCGUUGGAACGCACGCCGACUCCCUCAUUGCGGAGGCCGUGGUCAAGGGUAUCACGGGCUUCGAACUAGAUCUUGCCUGGGAGGCCGUACUCAAGGAUGCAACUAUCCCUCCCGUGAAUGAUUCUACAACAUCCUAUUUCGAUCGAGAAGAGAAUGUAAACUACGAAGUCCGAGCGGGUCUUUCCUCAGUCUACGACACCAACGGCUGGGUUGCUUCAGACAUCCAUUCCGAGGCUGCCUCUCGUACGCUCGAUUACGCUUACGACGAUUACGCCGUCUACGUACUCGCUAAGGCCUUGAACAAGACAUCCGAAGCCGCUUUCUUCCUCAACCGUAGCCUAGAAGCGCCUUUCAGUAUCUUCAAUGAUGCUACUGGAUUUAUGGAGGCUCGUAACGCGGAUGGUUCGUGGGCAGGGGAAGACGCGGGCUGGACCGAAGGCGACAAGUGGGCAUAUUCGUUCGACGUCGUCCAUGAUAUUCCCGGUCUUAUCGCUAAGAGAGGCGGGAACGUGAGCUUCGUCCGAUCUUUGGAAGAGCAUUUUAACGGAGGCCACAAUGACCACACUAAUGAGCCCUCCCAUCAUAUUCCGUACCUCUACGCACUCGCGGGUGCUGCAUCGAAGACUCAAGAACGCGUGAGGUCGAUAGCGAAGUCUGACUACGGGACCUCACCUACUGGCCUCGCUGGCAAUGAGGACUGUGGUCAGAUGGGCGCGUGGUGGCUUUUUAGCGCCCUUGGAUUCUAUCCCGUCAACCCGGUCUCGGGCGAAUACAUCGUUGGCUCACCGUUCUUCGAGAAAGUGUCUAUCGAUUUGCCGGGCGUAGAUAGGCCGCUGGUUAUUACUGCUCACGGUGCACCUUCAGACAUCUACGUUAAGUCGUUGUCCAUCAACGGCGCUCCACUUGACGAACCCGUCGUAUUCCACGAUGAAAUCGCUCGUGGAGGGGAUAUUGUCUUUGAAAUGAGUGCAAACCCAGAACCUUGGGCGUACAAUACCGUCGUAAGCUUGCCUUUUUAUCCCACAUCUUCGACGUUUGACGAUGUUGAUUAG